GACUCUGCCUCUCCCCAUGCCCUGUGAGUCUCGGGCUCCUGGGAGCUGAAGCAUCCGCAGGAGGCCCUCACGGAAAGGAGGGGGAUGAUGGCGGCGCCCGCGGGACUGGCCAAAGCGGCCGCGGGGAAGCUGUCCGAAGCGGUGGGCGAGCGCACCCGGCGCUUGGGCUCGGCGCUGCAGGAGACCCACCGGCAGCGCCGGCUGAUCCUCGUCAUCGUCUGCGUGGCGCUCUUUCUGGACAACAUGCUCUACAUGGUCAUCGUGCCCAUUGUGCCCGUCUACAUCGCGGGUAUGCACAAGGGCAGCCAAGAGGACUUCCCGCACCACCACCACCGGCCUCUGCCGCCCACGGCCAACGCCAGCCAGCCCGCCAAUGCCACCAGCGCCCCAACGCCCCCGCCCAAGUCCAACCUCAAGCCCACCUACCCGACCGAGAGCGAGGACAUCAAGAUCGGCGUGCUGUUCGCCUCCAAGGCCAUUCUGCAGCUGCUGGUGAACCCCCUGAGCGGGCCCUUCAUCGACCGCGUGGGCUACGACGCGCCCCUGCUCAUCGGCCUGGGCGUCAUGUUCGCGUCCACAGUCAUGUUCGCCUUUGCAGAGGACUACGCGACCCUGUUCGCCGCCCGCAGCCUGCAAGGGCUCGGUUCGGCCUUUGCCGACACGUCGGGCAUAGCCAUGAUCGCGGACAAAUACCCGGAGGAGCCCGAACGCAGCCGGGCCCUGGGCGUGGCCCUCGCCUUCAUCAGUUUUGGUAGCCUUGUUGCGCCCCCCUUCGGCGGCGUCCUUUACCAGUUCGCAGGGAAGAGGUAUCCCUUCCUGGUGCUGGCCGUGGUCUCCUUGCUGGACGGCUUCCUCCUCAUGCUGGUAGCCAAGCCUUUCUCCGUCACGGCGCGGGAAAACUUGCCCGUGGGCACGCCCAUCCACCGGCUCAUGCUGGACCCUUACAUCGCCGUGGUGGCCGGGGCACUGACCACCUGCAACAUUCCGCUGGCUUUUCUAGAGCCUACCAUCGCCAACUGGAUGAAGGAGAGCAUGGGGGCGUCCGAGUGGGAGAUGGGACUCACCUGGCUCCCAGCCUUCUUUCCGCACGUCCUGGGCGUCUAUCUCACGGUCAAGCUGGCUGCGCGCUACCCCCACCUGCAGUGGUUCUACGGUGCUCUGGGACUGGUGGUCAUCGGAGCCAGUUCGUGCACGGUGCCGGCCUGCCACAACUUCGGCCAGCUGGUGGUGCCCCUGUGCGGCAUCUGCUUCGGCAUCGCGCUCGUAGACACCGCGCUGCUUCCCACGCUUGCCUUCCUGGUGGAUGUGCGCCACGUCUCCGUCUAUGGUAGCGUCUACGCCAUCGCAGACAUCUCCUACUCGGUGGCUUACGCUCUCGGGCCCAUCGUGGCCAGCCAGAUCGUACACACUCUCGGUUUCCCCCAGCUCAACCUGGGCAUGGGCCUGGCUAACUUGCUGUACGCUCCGGUCCUUCUGCUCCUUCGCAACGUCUGCUAUAUGACGCCGUCCCGUUCCGAGCAGGACGUGCUUCUGGACGAGUCACCCAAGGGCCUCUACGACACUAUCCGCCUGGAGGAGCGGUUAGGCAAAGACAAGCCUCGCCACGGCCUGCCCCCCGAAGGGGAGGUUUCCCUGGGAUGGGAGGGGGAAGGCGCCGCCCAGGAUCGUCCCAGGGCGUUGUCCGGGGAAGAGUCCUCGGACUACGACUACGAAUACAGUUAAAAAAUAUUUGGGAGGAGCGCGGGAGGACAAGUCCUUUAAACUCCUUGUUCCUCUGCCUCCUCCUUUUCUUAGAAACUUGCUACAAAAAGGGUUAAACUAAAGAAAAUCGACCCAUAUAACACUGUCUAGGCUGGGGGGGGGGGUGCUGGAGGGCCUUAUUGUUUGUGCAAUCAAUGUGUGCCCCUCUCUCCGCUCUUAGGACACGUUCCCAGUGUAUUCGGCUUCCCUCCCGUUCUCUUGGUAAUCCUCAAUGUCUCCCUUCUCUUUCGCUCCGCUGUCUCACAGAUGUUACCCAGUCCCAUUUUCCUGCCCAAUCCCGUCCUAAUAACUGGCCGGACCCACAGUUCCCCGGCACCCGGAGUGAUCUCCGUGGUAAAUCGGAGACGCGAUUCCUGCUGGGUUUUCCGGACCUGAGCAGUCUGAGGUAGCGACGCCUUGUUAGGGUAUAAUGCUCCCAGAGACUACAACGCACCCUUCCUCCUCAACCCUAAAACUUCUCGGCGGGAGUGGGUGGGGUGGUUCCUCUCAUCUCUGCCUAUCCCAUUUAGCUGGAAUCUCUGUGUGCAAAAGUUUGUUCGAAUUUGAAAAAAACAAAACAAAAAUAUGUGUGUGACAUACUGUGUAUUUCUGUACGGGGAAUAAAACCCGUGUAAUGUCAUUCAAGUUGUAUAUUCAGGGACAGGAACUCAAUAAAGUGUAUAUACCGAA